AUCAAUCAAUCAAUCAAUCAAUCAAUCAAAAUAUAUUGAAUUACUAAUUGAUUAAUCAAAUCCAAUAUCGAUCCAUCAGUUCAUCAAGUCUUAGCAUCAGCAUACGCCUACAUAGAUAGACAUAUUAUAUAAGUCAUUUCAAAGCAAAUCAUCACAUCAACUAACCAUAACUUAAUACAUCAUAUCACAACUACUCAAUCAUUUCAACCCAUCCCAACCCAUCCUAUCACCCAUAACGAACUAUUUAUAUUAUUAACGACAAAAGGAUAGAACUUCAACCCUUUAGAACAAUAAUUUAUUAUUACUUUUUAAUACAUCUAUAAACUCCCACACCUACACAUAUCAUCAUUUAUUCAUUGCAUCAAACUAUGUCAACUGCUAGUCCAAAAGCUUCAUAUAACUAUAAACCUGACUUAUUAGGAUUGGAUGUUAGUCCAAAACAAGGUGGUAGACCUCAUUCAAAUAGUACUCAUAGUAUUGGAAGUCCUGGUCGUACCAGAAGUAAUUCGAAUACAGUCAUAACUCCAAUAAUCACUACUCCUCCUCCACCUCAUCAUCAAGCUACUCUUAAUACAAGACAAAGAAGAUCAUCAUCCAUUAUUCAACAUUUAGAACCUGAUACUUUAGAUACAAAAAUUGAUCAAACUUUAAAUCCAAAUGUUAAUGCAAAUUGGGUUCAUUCAAAAGGUGCUUGGGUGAUUCAUGUGGUUUUAAUUGUAUUAUUGAAAUUAAUCUUUAAUUUAGUAAGUAUCUUAGAUAAUGAUUGGAGAUGGACUUUAACCAAUGUGGUUUAUAAUGUUGGUUCUUAUAUUAUGUUUCAUCAAGUUAAAGGUACUCCAUUUGAAUUUAAUUCAGGUGCUUAUGAUAAUUUAACAAUGUGGGAACAAAUUGAUAAUGGUGAUCAAUAUACUCCAACCAAGAAAUUCUUAAUGUCAGUUCCAAUUGCAUUAUUUUUAAUUAGUACUCAUUAUUCAAAUUAUAAUUUAAAUUUAUUUAUAUUAAAUGGUAUUUGUUGUCUUUGUGUGGUUGUGCCAAAAUUGGCUAUAGCUCAUAGAUUAAGAGUUACUUUAUUCUAAUCAAAUUGAAUCCCAUCAACAACCAAUGAUUCAUCCAUCCAUCACACCAAUAACUUAUGCAACCAUCAUCACACAGAGAUUACCUAAUAAAAAACCUAAAUAAGAAUGUUGAUUUAAACUGAAUAAUUAAAUUGAAUGAGAGAGAGAAAGAAACAAAGAGAAACAAAGAUUACAGUGAUUAAAGUCAAACUAAUUGAUAUGAUAUAACUACUACCUAUAUUUAAAACCUAUUUUAUAAAACAAAAAAAGAUUAUUAUUGAACCUUUUCAAAAGGCUUCAUUAAAUUGUGAUUCAGAGUGUUAGUUUGUUUUAUAUUUUAAUUACUAGAUGUUGUUUUUUCCUAGUAUUUAUUAUUAUUAUUAUUAUUAUUAUUUUUAUAAUUGUUUUGCCGUUAUUUCUUUUUACUAUUUUAACUUAUUACCAUUACUAUUGCUAC